UCGUAGGAGCUAAGAUUCCCACGUGUCUUAUUGGACCUAUGCAUCCAUGAAGUUGAGUACCUAGUGGUUGCGGUCAGCCGGUCACGAGCAGCAUUUUUUAACUUUUGCCACAUCAACGAGCCAGCACCAAACACGCCUCUCCCAACUGUCCCCAACUCCCAGAAUGCGCAGCCCGCGGGGCCUCCUCGCCAUCUCCGGCUACCUUGCCGGCCGCCACGCUCCGGCGGCCUCCGUAUCCACCACAGGCCACCACUCCCUCUUCUUUGCCCGCGCCAUCCAAAUCCUAGCCCAACCGGAGCCCGUCCGCCUCCAGGAGCUCUCGGCACCCGACUCCGGGAUCCUAGAGCUCAGGCUUGAGCGGCCGGAGGUCAAGAACGCCAUCAAUUGGGAUGUGAUGAGGAGGCUGCGGAGCGCCAUAGAGAAGAUUCAGGCCGACGCGGCGGCUAAGGUCGUCCUGGUUGCGAGCUCAGUGCCGGGGGCUUUCUGCGCAGGCGCCGAUCUCAAGGUCUGGAGUUGCUCGGAAAGGAAGCUAAUGGGCUCUUCUGAAGUUGGAGAGUAUGCUAGAUCCUUGAGGUCUACAUUCUCGUCUUUUGAGGCACUCCCUAUUCCAACAAUUGCUGUUAUUGAAGGAGCUGCUUUGGGUGGUGGCCUAGAACUGGCUCUUUCAUGCGAUCUCCGCAUAUGGGGAAAUGCAGAACUUGGACUGCCAGAAACAGGCCUUGCCAUUAUACCUGGAGCUGGAGGCACACAGCGCCUUCCUAGGAUCGUGGGGAGGUCCAGGGCAAAGGAACUGAUAUUCACCGGCCGUAAAUGUGAUGCAGCUGAAGCUGUAAUGAUGGGACUUGCAAACUACUGUGUUCCAGCAGGGGAGGCUUAUCAAAAAGCUCUUGAUAUUGCCCGCGAGAUAACUCAAAAAGGUCCCCUGGGGAUAAGAAUGGCGAAGAAGGCUAUAAAUCAGGCGAUGGAGGUCGCCGACAUGUCCUCAGCAUUGGCUGUUGAAGGGGAGUGCUACGAGCAGCUGCUGCACACGCAGGAUCGCCUUGAGGCCCUGGCUGCGUUUGCAGAGAAAAGGAAGCCUGUCUACACGGGAAAGUAGUGCCAUGUCAUGUUGCUGUUAGGCCGGGGUUUUUUUUUUUGAUAAUUAGGCCGUUGGGGCUCCUGUCCUGGUGGACUGCAGCCUGUCUAGCCGGGAUUGUAUAUGGAGGCUUGGGGCUUGAUUGGUUGGCUACCAAAACGUGGGCAUGCCAAUCUUUUUUACCAAAACGUUGGCAAUUUUAGAAGGUGGGAUACCUUUUAAAUUCCAACCAAACAAGCCCAUAUUUUGGCAUGCCAAAUUUUGAGCCAACCAAUGAGGCUCUAUGAGACUCUAGAUGCUAGAUGAAUGGCAUGUGCUUCUGCA